ACCGAACAGAAACGAAGCAAAGCAUAAGCAGCACAGCAAAACAAUGGAGACGGAUCGAGAGAAGCAAGAGAGGGAGGGGACAUUGAAUCAACCACCGCAAAUUUCACCGAUGAAGCCGGUGAAUCGUGAAGCGUACGGUGGUGGAAUGUACGCUAAUGAGCCGGGACAACCACAAAAAGUAAACAAGAAACCUGCUCGUGAGACCCAAAGCGCGGGCGGAGCGGAUGAGAAGGCUACCACCGAGCCCAAACACUAACCGCCACCUUCUACUGGCGAUCGAGAUCUUGACAUCACAGGCCAAUCGUACAUUCAGUGAUUAACGUUGAUUUCUUAGAAUGUAUCUUCUCAUGUGUGUGGUUUUUGAUUUAUGUUGUUGCUGAAAUCCUUUCUUUGUAAUAGUCAAAACACAAGUUCCAUUCUGUAGGAGGUAGGCCUAGGAUUCUUCCUUAGGGUUCGGGCUUGACUUGAGUUGGACCAUGAAGCCCAAAAUAAAUCCAGCCUGCUCGAUGAGGUCUCUGCAAAGUUUAAUUAUAUUCGUCUGUCCGUUAAAUGGCAUUGUGGUCAUUUUAAUUUCGUAAUCA